AUGCAGGGCAGAUUCAAAAGUCCACAGUCAUCGAAAUCUAUGAAAUCCUACAACCCCGAAAUCCACGUCAGGGGAUCCGUAAGUCAACCAGCUGCAGGAGUCCCACCGAACAAGUCAGAUGUCCAGGCUCUUCUGCCUUAUGAAUAUGAGCUCAAUCAAUGCCCAGCAACUCAUCAGUCACCGCCGUCACCAUUCCAGCCUUCUGCUUCGCCUCUGCGUGAACUGCGAGUGAGCUCCAUCAUCUUCCUCACUGAUUCCAAAGUCUUCAGCGACCUCAGAGUCGCGACAGCUUGUCUCUGGGGCUGGUGUAUCUUGUGGUUGAGGACAUUAAUGAGCAGAGGAAUUGCUUUUGAAUCGUCUCACAGAGCCAUUAAAAGGAUGAUGUCGCAGGCUAUGGCAUUCCCAGUGAAGCUGGCAAUGCUGCUCGCACUCGUGAACGUCGCAGCAGGUGCUGUGACCGUCAAUCAGGCCAUCGAAAAUGGCGCUUCCGGCGACAUAUUGUGCAAGUGCACAUCUGCAGUCUCCCAAAGGGAAGUCGCCCCAGCGCAGGAAUUGAAGCCCGGUGGCAUUCUGAAGUUUUCUUUCGCCAGCUCGCUCGAAGACCCCGUCGUCACAUGCGAAUUCUCAUCAAAAACCAUAGCCGAUUUGCUGGUCAUUAAAAAAGUCGACAUAUGGGACUACUUGAAAUCUGGGUUUUCGGACUCUCCCCAGAUGGCCUGCCUCAGCACUGGAUGCGCCUGGAAAGCUGAAGAGAAGGGCAUCUCUUACCAAUCAAAAGAUGGUGGCUUCGUGCUUUACAUUCUAUGGGCCGAUAUUCUUCCUACGAUGCCUGCUUAAUUCUAAUAUGAGGGAGAAAGUGCUUCUGGUGUUGUGCUAGAUUGACUUGAAUCAAGCUGAUGGAAUGCAGCGUCCAAGGCAGGCCCGGAAUAAAAUGUCGAUGGGUGGCAGGGCACGGUUCAGUCAGUGCUUGUCAAUGACCUAACCUGUGCCUACAUUGUGCUAUUUUCAGAAUUAGAGUAGCUUGUCGGCUUGCAUGUAUACGUCUUUCAUUAGUUAGGUUUUUUAUAUUCGCGACUUGAUUUGCAACGCUUAUAAUGUUGAUGUGUCAACAUUAAUAAAAGUCGGAAGCAUUGCACUCUGCAGUUUAUGUGCUUGA